AAAUAACUAGUGGCGUUCGUUGUACUGAAUUGAGAGUUUAAAAGUUGGACCAGUUUUUUUUUCCUACAAAUUUCUCAGAAUAUAUUUUUUUUAUCUUAACAAGAUCUUUUUUUGUGUGUUGGCUAACUUUUAAAGUUUCCUGGCUUUCAAAGAUCUUUAUUUCACUUCAUUGCAAGUUUAAAUUGGCACACAUGUUCAUUGAACCGUCACAAUCUCUCAAUUUCCAUGUGGAUGGUAUGGAAGCCUUGACCUAGUCUUUCAACAGUAGCAGAUCUGUCUCCAACCUUGCUUGAUUUAAAAGAUCAAUCAAUCUGAUACUACUAACAUGGAAGCUUUCAAAGGCAGUAAGCCAGUAGCUGGAGCGGCUGUCACAAACGGAGAUGAUCCCGAGUGUAAAUCCAUCACUAAUGGACUACGGACAAUCGAUGUCGACAAUCUGCGGAGUUCUCCACGGCUGAAUCGCGAGGACAUGUUACCGUCAAUGGUGGAGUCGUAUCGUUCCUUGCUGUCUGACGUAGGGGAGGACCCAUGUCGCCAAGGGCUGCUGAAAACGCCCGAGAGAGCGGCCAAAGCUUUCCUCUUUUUCACAAAAGGAUAUGAACAGACGCUAGAAGAGGUUUUGAACGAUGCCAUUUUUGAUGAAAACCACGACGAAAUGGUCGUGGUCAAAGACAUUGAAAUGUUUUCCAUGUGCGAACAUCAUUUGGUACCGUUCAUCGGUAAAGUGUCCAUCGGUUAUUUGCCCAACGGCAAAGUUCUUGGACUGUCCAAAUUGGCCAGGAUUGUGGAGAUCUACAGUCGUCGCUUACAAGUCCAGGAGAGGUUGACCAAACAGAUUGCACUGGCCGUGUGUGAGGCGGUAACGCCCCACGGAGUCGGCGUUGUAGUAGAAGCAACACACAUGUGUAUGGUCAUGCGGGGCGUUCAGAAGAUCAACGCCAAGACAGUCACUUCCGCCAUGUUGGGCGGUUUCCGUGAUGACUCCAAGACACGCGAAGAAUUUCUAACUUUUGUGCGCACUCCUUGACCCCGGUUUUUUGGUAGUAAUAAUGUUUCUUUGCCAAUCCGGAAUACGACUCCAUCAUCCAAAUUACCGAAUGACAUCACUUAUUACUCAUUUCCAACAGUCCUGCCUGAGGAAUGUGUUAAGUAGCACUGCAUAAGUUCGCUGCGUACAGGAAGCAUGACCCUGCCACAAGAAUGUAUCAAUUAGUAUUGUCUCGGAUCAUUGUGGGGACCAUGAUUACCAUCAGCAUAUUAUUAUCAACUUUAACAAAAAUUCUCAUUAAUCAAAUAUUAUUACAGUUUGUUCAUCUUUUUAUAAUUUUUUUUGUUUAGCUAGCUGUGUUUGCGAAUAUUGAAGCAUUCCAUUUCAGUGGUAACUUUUAAAAAUUGAUACGUUACGUUACAUUUAAUUGGUGUGACUUAAGAUAUUAUUUAUAUCAACAGCAUCGAUUGAUAAUAUAUUCGUGUCUUUGAAAAAUAUAGAGCUUAUCUGGA